CCCCCCAAAAUUUUCCCAUCCCCCGCCCAAAAUUUUCCCGUCUUCCAACCAUUCCUUUUCUGUUCUCUGCAAAUCUUCCUUCAUUUCUCUCUCUAGAUUUAUGCUUCAACAUGGCGACUGAUCAAUACCUUGGAAGCAUAGGUUAGAGCUAUAGCCAGUGCGUCAGUUUGCAAUCGGAAAGAAGCAGUGGAAUCUGUUCAUCAUUGCCAAGGCGUAAUCUACCUUCUGUGGUUUACAUCAUCAUUAUCAAGGUUUGACAUCUAAACUGCAUCAUGCCUGGUGUUGGCGAAUCCUCUAGAAGGGGUGCUAAGAGAGCACGAAAGCAGUUGUUAGCAGUUAUAGCUGCCACAAUGAAUCAAGAAAAGGAGGGUGUGAACAUAUCAGAGUGCUGCAAUUCUCUUCAUACACCCUCUGCUGAAGGAGUUAGAGGCCCUUCACUUGUUCCCGCUAAUGGAAUUAGCCCUUCACCACUAUUUGACUUAGCUUCAAUAGCUGCUUCAGUGCAUCAAGCAAAUGCAGGUGUUAACAUAACAGAGGAGAGUUCCAAUUCUCCGGAAACCCCCUCUACUGAAGGACUUAGUGCCCCAUUACCCACUCCCACUGCUGGAGUUAGCCUUCCACUGAAUGAUACCACAAGAAAUAAUCGUAAGAGAAAGGGCAGGGGCAAGGCAAGGUUAGAAAACAUUGCCAAAGGAGAAGAGGGACCCCUUCCGAUUACAUUUAAUGAAAGAGGACAGCCAAUUGGGGAAUUUGCUGCUAAAUUUACUUCUUGUCUAGGGAUCCUAGUAAGAGAUUUAGUACCAGUGACAUUAGAUAAAUGGAAAGAUUUGUCAGAAGACAUCAAAGAGCAGUUAUGGGCUUCCAUACAGCAAAUAUUUAUAGUUGAUGAUUGGAACAAAAAAGUAACAUUUCGAAUCAUGGGAAGGAUAUGGGGCAGUCACAAAUCAAAAUUUUCAAAAGAAAUAUUUGACCAAGGAGAAACUGCCGCAUCUCUUCUGAAGCCUGACAAUGUAAAGUCAAUGGAAGAUUGGCAACAAUUUAUUAAGAAACGAUGUUCUAAAGAGUUUAAGGAAAAAAGUAAAAAAUUUAAAGAAAUGAGAUCUAAGCAGAAAAUGCUACACACAACGAGCCGUAAAGGCUAUGCUCGGUUGGAGGAUGACAUGCGGAGAGAGAGUAAAACACCUGGUGCUAUUUCAAGAGUAGAUGUUUGGAUUAGAGGGCAUUUGAGGAAGGACGGUCAACCACUAAAUGAAGCAGUGAAAGACACCGUGAAGAAGAUGCAAGAAUAUAUGCAAACAGGCACACAUCAGAAUACAAAUUCGCUUCGGAAUGAUGUCGUCACAAAAGUACUGGGCCCCGAGCACCGAGGACGAGUUAGAGGGCUUGGGUUUGGGGCAAUCCCUUCAAAAAUUGACGUGCAUGAACAACAACGUGGACAAGUUCAAAAAAGUGAUGCGAAGUUUCAAGCAAUGACUCAACGAGUUGAUGACCUUCAAGCUGUAAUCAAUCAGUUAACUACCCGCUUGGACACAAAUGCCAGUGGUCUAUCUAACGCCACCCCAAGUGUGCAGCCUACAGAAAACAUAGAAGGGUCACAAUGCAAAUUGUUAAAUUGGUGCGGGACGGGAGUUAUCGCUGUUGGGGAAAUUGAAUCAACAGAUCCUAGUGCAUGUGUGCAGGAUGUUCCUAUUGGACUUGAUUGUUGGAAAGUCUGGGUCAAUGUUGCAUCCACACCUGGUGUUCCUUUGUAUAGGCCGACGCGCAAUUUCUUUUCCAUUGAAGAUGCUAUAGGGAAUACAAUUGCGUGGCCUAGCAAGUUUAUUAAAAUCGAUUAGUCGUCCUUACCUUUGGAGGUAAUGGUUUUAAUACAUGUUUGAUGUAGAUGUGGAUAUAGUCAGGCCGUUUUUGUGUGUUUUUCUGGUUCAUUGGAACAAACGUUUGUGAAGUUCACAUUUUUGCCAGGACAGUUGUUGAACUUGGAACAAUAAAUUAGUAGCUAGGGUUCGGAAAUAUGUUUUUAAGUUAAUUUUUCCUAUUCCGGAUAACUAUAUUUCCUUGUUUCUCUCAGACUUCUGCUGCUAUUUUGCUAUGUAAAGAAAGCUUCUGAGUUCUGGAAGUGACAAUCAAUUAACAAGAAUUUUCUCUUC